UAUGAACCAACCUUUCCGUGAACCGAACAAUGAAGAAUUCAGUGCGUUUUCUUUGAUAUUUACUGGUUUCGAGGAAUAUAGUAUUAAAAAAAAUAAAUUUUCGUGUUCUAAUGUUAUUCUAUCAAGGAAAAUCUCUUCUUUCUGCUUACGUUCAUCUGUGUUUUUUUUAAUGAUUCAAAUAUUCGCUUUUAAACAGAUUUUACGGCCAACAUAAAAUGUAAAUUGAUGUCAAUGGAUAUAUUUCCUAUGUAAGCAUGGAACUAUGGUCUUUCUCUAAAUUCCCUUCUCUUUAAAACAAACCAGUCAUUUAUUUAUAUACAUUGUAGGGUCCUCUGCAAUGUUAUGUUACGUUAAAUAUACUACACAAAACGGAGGCUGGAUGAGACGUUCUAAUAACGAAUUAAUGCGAUAUCAUCAUUUCUCGUUAGACAGUGCUUUAUAGUAUAGAGAGGUUGCUAUUGCGCGAAGGAGGUAAAUCUAUUUUUAAACGACUGUUUAAAUUAUUCCAUUGCCUAUUUACUGCCAGAUUCGUCAACUAGCGACAAUUAAAGAAUCUGUCUUUAAUUCGCACCACUGAGCGGUAAUAAAAGGCGUCUCUUGUUAUAAUCCGUUAAAACGAGAAGAUACCUUAAAUAAAGAAGUCUCGCAAUCUGUUUAGCAUUAUUAGCCUCGUAUUUUACGAAGUGGGUUUCCAAUCACGUGGUAGAAAUAUUUUUUUCCCACCUGCAAUAAGCCUUUGAUACCCUCGAAUUUAAUCAAUUGAUGUCUUCUGGUGAUGCUCCUCGAAGACAGCGUGUCUCUAGAGCUUGCGAUGAAUGCCACCGAAGAAAGAUAAAAUGCGAUCAACAAAAGCCUUGUUCAAAUUGUAGGACAUACAACUAUGAAUGUACGUAUGGCCAGCCUUUUAAACGUCUGUUGCAUUCUCCCGAAAAAUACAUUCAAUUUUUAGAAUUUCGACUCAAAUAUCUAAAAAAAAUGGCUGAAGAGGUCAUUCCAGAUGUUAAACUUCCAAACUUUCUUAACAUCCCGAAUGAAAACUUCGAUUAUGACGCUGAAAGUGUUCGUUCCGAGAAAGAGGCUUCUCUUAUGAAGAGUCCUUCGUACGAUGAAAUUGACAGUAUUUUUGAUCGAUAUGGUCAGUUAAGUCUAAGGGAUAACGGAAACGCAGACUACCGAGGCAGUUCUUCUGGAUAUGUCUUUAUGCAAAAUAUUCACAAGAAUAUCGCUCGGGGUUCCUCGUCUACUAACCAGAAUCAAACCCAAGCAAGUCCUCGUGGUGAUCCUUCUGCACUCCCUUAUCUUCCUCCAACACCAGCUGGAGAUGACAGAAAGGACUUUAUCCCGCAGAUUCAAUUUCCUUCGUAUGAGGAAGCCCGUUCUGUUACAGGUAAUUUCUUUCUAAAUGAUCACUUUUUGGUUCAUCUUCAUCAUAUUCCUACUUUUUAUGAAAGGCUGCACGUAUACUACCACGCAGAAAAGAAGGAUCCUACUUUUCAUUUUCUGUUGGCGGCUACUUUAUGCCUUGGUUAUACAUAUCUUUCCUCAACUACUGGUGCUUCCGUUUAUCCUUAUCACAAAGCAUACGGGUAUUAUUAUUACAUACGUGCUGCAUUUCAUUUUGAAGAAAGCUACGAUAUUGAAGUCAUUCAGAUCCUUGUUUCUAUUGCGUUGUUCGCUUUGUUUAGUUCAAGGCUUUCACAAGCCUACAGCUUUAUGAAUAUUGCAUUAUUUUGUUGUCAUGAACUUGGUCUUCAUCGAGACUUUUCUGACGUUCUUACGUCUCCGGAAACGAGGUUGCGGAAGCGUGUGUUUUAUUCUGUGUAUGUAAUGUCCUGCUAUACAAUUACAAUUAUCGGACUUCCUCUUAAUAUUGAAGAUGAUGAAAUUGAUCAAGGAUUGCCGAAUUCCUACGACUUUGUUUUAGAUAACGAAGCCAUCCCUGCCAACGUAGUAGCAUCUGAAUGCGGAAGCUUGGAAGUAUUCAAUCAGCAUAUAGCUCUUUCUAGAAUUUUAAGCCAUUUUGUUCGAAAAGUUUAUCCCAUAAAGUCAAGCAAUGGUGCUAGCUGUCGUGUUUCCCUUACUGCAGUUAGAGAACACGAAAACAGGCUGACAAGUUGGUGGAAAAAUCUGGCAAGAUAUUUGAAGGUUGACGAAGUUCCUGAGUUUUCUCCUAAGUGGAUUCAAGCUAUAAGUUUGGAGCUAAAAUUUCGACAAAUUGAGCUUAUUUUUUAUAGGCCCUUUGUCCACAAUAUUACGGAUCCCCUGGAGGAGCCUAAUGUGAAACCAACGAAGCCUUCUAACUUUGCUUUGAAAUGUGUGCAGUCAGCUGAACGUAUUGUGGAACUAUUGAGAAAACUUUCAAGAUCGCCAAAUAUGCCAAAGAUGUUUUUUAAUCUCUAUGCAGGCUACUAUGCUUUAAUGACUUUGGUGUAUUCUGCGAGUUUAACUAAGGAAGAUACAACAAGAUCCAACGCAUUUAUCUUGAAGGCCCGUGAAGGAUACUCCAUAUUGGCUGGAAUUUACCAAGGAUCAGCUUAUUUUUCUACAAUUUUAGAUGCAAUUAAGAAUAUGCUGCUUGCGUAUGAUAUGAAUUUCCCUCGAACGGAUUAUCCUAACCAUCCGUCUCACAAUCCAUACUCCAACCAACUGCCAAAAGGCAGUACAGAUGUUUCUCAGGACAUGCAGGCGCCUAUACCCUUGAACUUUUCUCAAGAUGGAGCGAAUAUUCCAUUUUCGGCUUAUUCCUUUAUAAAUGGCGAACCAUAUUUCUAUCCUUCCUAUCCAAGUUAUCCACAGUAUGGAGGAGCACCUUUGUCCACUCAAGCUAAUUAUCAUAUGCUGCAGCAAACAGGGUAUUACCCUCCUAAUGGCUAUCAUAAUGAUAAAGGCUAUGGUCCAUAUCCUUCCUAUAAUUCGGAGCCAUAUUCAGCACCUUAUACUGGGAAUACGCUUCGACCCGCCUAUCCACAAUAUCCUGUGUAUCCGUUUCCUAUCCCGCCAUAUUAUUCGCAACCUCGGCCAUCUGCAUCAUUAAGCUCAAAUGCUAUGUCCUCUGAUAAUGCACAUAUAAAUUAUGGAAUACCCAGUGGACGAAUGUCUAGUGGACCUGUGCCUCCGAUAGUAUACCCCUCAUUUGCAUCUGGAACUGGAAUCGAUCAAUCUGCUAAAAGGUCUUCAGAUUUAUCCAACAUGACGCGGAACAAACGUUAAAAUAUUUCGCUAUUUAGAUGUUUCUUUCUUCUGUAACUUAUUGACAUACUACAUAACUUAUCAUUUAGUUUUUCUCUCAUAUAUUGGCAUUGAAUAUUGUUUUGCAUCCAUUUGUUACAGCCAGGAAUAGACGCUUACCGUAUUGAUCUUGGAGUCUCUCAUAUUUAUAAAACACAAUUAUUGGAAACAAUACCCAUCAUCUCAUCGAUUCCUAAAAAAUACCCAUUUGACUUUAUUACAGAAAAUCAAAGUCAGGGAAUGGUUUAUUACAAAAUUAUUGAGAAAAACCGUAAUAGAAAAUGCGUUUUUCGUUUCCCCUAUCACCUAUUGCCUUAAAAAUAGUUAGCUUUUUUGUUUUCUUGUUUUGUUUUGUUUUUGUUUUUGUCUUGUCUUGUUUUUUUUUUGUUUUAUUUUGUUUUCUAUCUAUAUUAAUGUAAAUAAAAAAAGUUG